AUGCGUUUAACUCGAAUACUUUCCAAUUUAACUAGUCAUAUUGAAUAUUAUUCGAAAUUUCAACCAACAUCAUUUACUUUGAAAAGUCUUAUUGAUUUUGCUCGUGAAGGUGAUAUUAAACAAUCCUAUAAAUUUUUACGUGUUGAAUUACUUAUACGAUGGUCUCAUAUGCAUAAAGAAAUGAAUUUUCUACCACCAAAAUUACUUGAAAUGCCAAGUUUUAAAUUAGUUAGUUCAUGGUAUGAUCAAAGUUAUUCUGAAGUACUUGAAUUUAAAGAUGCUGAACCUAAUUCAACAACAUUACGCAAAUUUACAGAAACAUUAAUUGAUAUUCGACGACGUCAUGCUGAUGUCGUACCAACAAUGGCUCAGGCAUAUAUAGAAUUAGAAAAAGUUGGUUCAAUUGGUAUAAUAGAAAAAAAUAAAAUCCAAUAUUUUUAUGAUCGAUUUUUUAUGAAUCGAAUUGGUGUUAGAACAUUAAUCUAUCAACAUACACUUCUAUUUGGUGAUGAAUUUCCUCAACAUACCCAACAAGCAGGUAUUAUUGAUCCAUCAGUUGAUGUUGCUGCAGUUGUUAACGAUGCGUAUUCAACAGCAAAAUUUCUAUUUGAACAAGCAUCUUAUCAAGUACCUAAAAUUGAGAUAUCAUCUCACAAUAUACAAGAUCAUAGUACAAAUCGUGUAACAAUUGUUUAUAUACCAUCUCAUCUUUAUCAUAUUAUCUUUGAAUUAUUGAAAAAUUCACUUCGUGCAACUAUUGAACGAUAUGGUGCAGACGCGAAAGAAUAUCCACCUGUACAUGUUCUUAUUGUUAAAGGUCAUGAAGAUUUAACAAUAAAAAUUGCUGAUCAUGGCGGCGGUAUACCACGUUCGAAAUUAUCACAACUCUUUCAUUAUAUGUAUUCUACAGCACCUAAACCUGCAUCAAAUGAAGCUAAAUAUGACAAACAAGAAACAGCUAUUGCUGGUCUAGGUUAUGGUUUACCGGUUGCACGUCUCUAUGCAAAAUAUUUUCAAGGAAAUCUUGCUCUAUCAUCAAUUGAAAAUCUUGGCACUUCAGCUUAUAUAUCACUUAAAUCAACAGCAGAAAAUGCCAGUGAAUUAGUACCAAUAUUUAGUAAAGCUCGUUAUUCAUAUACUACAAGAAAAGGUUCCGAUUGGACAGUACAUUUAUAA